ACGGACCACCGGAUAAUCUUACAGUGUACGCACGCAACGACAUGACUGUAUAGACCUAUAACAUAAAAUGAUAAUUAAUAAACAAAACAUACUGGAUCAAUGACGUCUAUAGUGUUGUCUUGUCAUUCAUUUAUUGACGACAACAAACGAUUUGAUUUGCAAUAAAAGUCAUACUUGCAGCUAGAACCUCACGAGUAAGGUCGCUUAUUUGAUGUAGGUCGUCCUUGCUUCUUGCACAUGCUCGUCUUCAAAUGGCGCCGCUUCAUUUUCAUUCAGUUGGUGUUACCUGCGCCAUUUUCAUUGCUUUGACUAUGUACGCUGUCUCAGUUACCAUGGAGACAGCAUGGACCUAUUAGGUCCAUGGUAAAAGCCAGACUCGCGUUUCUCAGCCACUGAGACUGCCCCAUCCUGAAGAGAUGCACUUAAAUAAACGGGAUCCCGCUUCCCCGCGAUGGCGCCCUUACUGAUCAAAUUGACGUACAAAAUCGCAUUACCACUGCCUUCGACAGCAUUCUGAGUCUUCUCUCCAAAGGUGGGGAUUAUCAUGAUUAUCCUCCGUUUCCAUCCAACGGGUCAUUCAAUCGUCACAUGGCGUGCCGGGGGUGCAAGCAGAUUCUAGCUGAUGUUCGGUUUGCACUCCUUAUAGAGCAGGGUUCGAUAGCAUCGUAUUUCACGGACCAAUGCUUGUUAAUAUUUCCUAACAAGACACUGGACACUAAUGACUGUAUUCUUCUGAUCGGGACUUAUAUCAGCAACUUGUUUCGAACCGUUUACCAAUCUCUGGAUCAGAUUCGUAUCUGUCAAAACUUCCUUCACUUGUGCCCUGCUUACGGAGAGGAUAACUAUGUUACAACAGAAAAUGAAAUACCGGUGGAGGGCUAUCCAGUAGGAGAAGAUCGCCGAUCGACCUUAUUCAACAACACCAUGAGUCGUAUCUUCAACGAAACCAGGAACGAGAUAGGCUCAUUCGAUGGAAUCAUCAACUGGCACGUAGCUUGUCGUGCAUGUAAGCAGUUCAUCAUCGAUGCCCGAUUCGCAAUGAUCAUCGAGAAAACUUCAAUAUCUACUUUUUUCACUGAUAAGUGCAAAGAUGUGUUCUCUGACAAGACUGACAUUCAUGAUUGCAACCUGGUGAUUGAGCAAAAGGUGGAUAAGAUCUAUUCGGACAUCUUAAAUAGGCUGAAUGCCCAGAAGAUAUGCCAGGACACGAUUCAUUUGUGUCCAGCAAUGGACGCAGAUGAUGAUAUAGUCAAUGAAAUACCCAACGACAUACAUGUACUGGAAUAGAAUCGUUGAUCAUUUAUAAUAAGCCAGUUCACGGUUAGCUCAUGAUCAACUUUUCUCCAAUGACCUUUGUGAUUUUUCAUUAGGAUAAGCACUAUCAUUUUCAAAUGUAGAUGUUGCGUAAGCUUUACCGGAGUAUUCAAAUUCUAAGAACAAAAGGCAUUGUAUAGACCAGAAGUUUGGAAAUCUGUUUUAUUGUCUGCCUUUGGCACAUUUGACUAUUGUUUAGGCUACUGUCAAAUGCCAGUGAUUAUGAAGGCUCUAUUUAUUACUCUUCAGCUUGGAUGUGAUAAAUAUUUUGAAAGGAAUACAUGAAUAAUCAUCAAAUCACAAAUGCCUAUGUCAGUGAAUUUGAGAGCCACCUUCAUGGUUGUCUCCAAUGACCUUUUUCUGCUCGUGCGCAGUUUACAACCGUGAACAGGCUUAUUGCAAGUGACUUUGCCAACACAUCCGGUUAUGCAGGAUGUAUGCGUCUAAUUUUGUACAAGGGUCUGCUGCAUUUUAUAUAUUACAAAAUAGUGAUGUGGAUAGCCAAUUCAAUGAUUGGCCGAAGCUUAUCACGUGACCAGUCAGAUAACAUUGACUAAUGUCUGGUACUCGUGACCAGGGACCCGUAACACAAAACUUAGCAAUGAUCGUAGAACAUUUUUCUAUGAAAAUUCCAUUGACUACAAUGUACAAUCAAUCGUAAAAGUCAAGCGUACGAUCAAUCGUUAACCUUUGUGUUACGGGCCCCAGUUCUGGUUUUUAGAGAGGAUGAUUUAUCAAUAAGAAUCUGCAUCACUCUUUUAUAAAACACACAAUCACAUCAUUUAUCUCCGGGAUUUGAAUAAUUACAAACACUUUUUGCCUUAAAACAGGACAAAGGCGCGUUAGAAUUCUUUUAAAAGUAUCUCUUGCAGUUGGUAAUUAUUAGUUUUCUUCUAUAAGGUAUACCAUUGAUGACAAAUUUAAUAGCAAUGGUAGCUAUACCAUGGUAAUUUUGAUUAAUAACCAUUCAUUAUCAAGUAUUAUAUGAAAGUUUCAAUUGAAUAUUAACCCUAACUAGGCAGACGCCCUCCCUCAACAUUUGGCAUGCUUGGAAUGGAAUCGUCAUGAUCGUACUUGGUCUCAAAACAUUCGGGACGAUCGCACCGUCAAUGGCCAAGAUCAUGAUGAGGGAGGGGGGGGGGGUUGAUAGGACACUCCUCGGCUUUUUAAGCUACCAGAAAACCUCGGUCUUCUUAGGAUUAAAAUUACAAGAAAUGGUAAGUUCCGGAAUGGGGGUCUUGUGACUCCUUCCAUUUUAGUUUUGGUUAAGGUCGUGUGUUUUUGUAAAGUCACAUUUUUCAUACCUGGUGUUGUUUUUGAGCCUAUAUUUAUGUCCAACAAGUGGAAUGGGGGGUGGGGCUAAAGUUGUGCCUAACAAAAUAUUUGUAUCUAUGUGAUGAUUAUAAUAUGAUAAUGAUGGCAUAUCCUUUGCGGAAUGAGUUAUCAAAGUAACAACAAAAAACAAAAUGCCAAGAAAAACAACGACCAAAAAAAAAACCACGAAAAAGAUCAGGAUUAUUUACAAUAUUAGUAUUUUUAUUUUGUAAAUAAACAAUAUACAUGCAUAUAGGUAGAAAUAUAUAAGUAUACAGAUUGAAUCACAAGGAAAAGAAGAAAAAAUGCAUGACGAUCGAUCAGCAAAGCAUCCUCUGUUUUUUUUUUCUUCAUACAUUCUCACUCUGCCUUUACACGAAAGAAGGUAGAUCUUUGAAAAACCUCAAUGCAAGUCUCUACAGUAUCAUUUAUCGUAAAAGUAAGAAGGAAAAUCAUUUUCGUUGCCAUUAAAUGUGUUUAACGUUCACCGUCAUCCAAAGCGGCAUUUCAAACUCAUGGGGUAAAUUACCAUUAUUUCUAAAUCCUUGAAUUUAUCUCUUAAAAAUCACGUUUUACAAAAGGAGUGAAUAAAAGGAUACAGGAAUUGAGAGAUGUUGCCGUUUAGUUUAUAAUGAGUUCAAUUGUUUAAAGAUUAGCUUUAUCUACAAAUUCAAUGACUUUUUAUAAAGAGUUCAUCUGGAUUUAAGGAAUAGGGAAUAGAAUAUAGCCAUAUUAUAUGGUUUAGAAUUUGGGUUAGGAUAAAAAUUGGAUUUGAAUGAACAACUUGGCUUGUGAUAGAAUUGGACCUUUGGAAAUCAGUAUCUAAAUCAUCCAAGUUUGAAUCUGCAAUUUCAUCUAAGAGCCGACAUUUCUUCAAAUACAUAAGGCAUUUUCGUCUCAAAUUGUUUUGCCUGAUAAUUUACAAUUUCAUUUUGUACCAAUCGCCAAUAAACAUUACAUUUCGUUUAUCGUUGUAUAUCAUGUUUAUGUAUCUUAUUGAGUGUUAAUAUGCAAUUAAAAUGGAAACAAAAUACAGAAAUUAUUAUUUUUUUAUUCUUGAUUGUUUGCCUAUGCCUGAGCAAGAGCGAAGAAUAUUUCUAUUUCAGAAAUGCACACCAUAAUUUUAGGCAAUUAUUGAAAACAGAAAUUACCUUGCCCAAAGUAGGGCUCCAAUAACAAGUAUUAAAAACCAUAUCACAUAGGUCUACUGUUAUCACUUAUCAACGUUACUGUCUGAGAAAAGAAUACACAGGUACGUUCAUUCGACUAUUCGUACUUCAGUUGUAUCGAAAACGUCGAAAGAUGGCGAUAGGCAUUUAAAACUUUGAACCAAAUUAAACAUGUUAAAGUUGAAGUUAGAUGGGUCAGACGAUGGACGAAAAUUUAUUCAAACUGGAAUAUACGCAUUUCUUGGGUUUAUAGAAUGACACGAUCGCCGUUGUGGAUGCUAAGCUUGCUGCCUUUCUCACAUUCUAUGGAAGUUUCUCAGGCUUUUCGAGGCAGUAACCGAGACCCUGGCAGGCCACCGUCGGGUUACCCAAGGCUAAAUCGCUUCCAUCUUGUCGCACGGGACGCAACUCUCUCUCGCACUGCAGGGGGGGGGGGGGGGUAGACAAAAUAUGACGUGUUAAACAAAAUACUAAGUUAUAUAUGGAACUGUCGAUGUAAUAUAAGAUAUUCUGAAGUCGAAAGGGAGGAUAAAGAGCGUGACCUCAGUGACCUCGAAACGAAAGAAAGAAAUAAAGAAAGAAACAAAAAAAGAAAGAAAUGAAAGAAAGAAAGAAAGAAAGAA